AUGAGAGAGGUAGUAAGGAGUUUUCAUAACAAAGACUUGGGUAAUGGGAGACAAACCUCGUUUUGGUUUGACAAUUGGCUAGAUCGAGGAGUUCUUGUUAAUGUUCUGGGUGAGCGUGGCAUGGUGGAUAUGGGUAUUAAUAGAAGCGCUACGGUGGAGGAAGCAUUACAGAGUGUAAGGAGAAGAAGAAGACACAAAGCCUCUCUACUUAAUGAUAUUGAAGCUGAUCUAAUCUUGGUAAAGGAGAAGCUGAGAAGUGAAGUUUCUGAUACAAAUAUUUGGAGAAGGAAGUCGGGGUUCAAACCAAAGUUCUCUACUUAUGAAACUUGGUCGUUAUUACGCUCUCCUGGGGUGGUUUGUGACUGGUCAAGUGGAAUCUGGUUCACAAAUGUAACUCCUAAAUUUGCUUUUGUGACUUGGCUAGCAGUAAGGGACAGAUUGUCUACUAUGGACAGAAUUGUUAAGUGGGACCCGGGGGCUGUGGAGAUGUGUGUGCUCUGUAAGAAUGCAUCAGAGACUAGAAGCCAUUUGUUUUUUGAAUGCUCAUACUCGGCUCAGGUUUGGGAGUAUCUCAUGAAAGGUGUGCUUUGUAAUGAUUAUACGAGUGCUUGGUCUGAGUUAUUGAUACUCAUUAAUGAUGAGAGAAUGGAGAACAAGAAGAAGUUUUGUCUCAUAUAUGCUCUUCAAGCAACAGUGCAUGCUCUGUGGCGAGAGAGAAAUAGGAUCAAGCAUGAGGAAAAUCCAAUGCCUAUUGAGAUACUGAUGAAGUUGCUGGAAAAAGGAAAUGGCUCAGAUACCUGUGUAUACGGAGAAUGGGUGGUGAAAGGCUCUUUGCGGGAGUUUGUGGUCAAUAAUCGGAAAGGAGGGAGAAUGUUUCUUGUGUCGGAUGGUUGUACACAUGGUGAACUUCUUGAAAUGGCACUAGAAGAUUAUGGCCUGGACAAGAAAAUCGAGAAGAUGGUGCUAACAUAUUCCUUACUAGACGUCAUUUUACAGCAAAUGGCUCCGGAUACUCCUCAUAUGCAUGUCACGAAUGAUAGACAAGUGCGGAACUUGAUCGAGUAG